CGCCUGUGUACUCUAUUCCGUCCAGUUCGGGCAGCUGGCUGACCGGUUUCUUAAAACGUUGUCACUGUCUGCUGUUGUGAUCUGGUUUUGUGUUUGGUCGCCAAGCCGCCUUACGAGUUCAUCAAGUACUGAUGCAAGAAACUGAGAAGAUCAAGCGGGAUUGCCGCUACAGAAACAUAGCACAAAAAGUCAGGCACAAGCUGACCAGCCUGCCACGACAUGACAACAGAAGAGGAUGAAAGAAGCCCACCAAAAGCAUCGCCAGUGCCACUUCGGCAGCAUGCCAUCGUGUAUCAAGCUUCUGACGCUCCGGUCUGCCUGCACUGUCGCACUCUUGACAUGCCUUACUUCGACACAGGGUGCCGUAGCUGCCUUGAAAUUUUGCAUAGCAAUGACACCAAGGUACCCGAGAUCUUCGCAAUCAUUCGCCAGUGGGCCCCACAGACGCAGCAGGACAUCAAGAUGCUUGUAACAGAGGUACUGCGUCGAGGUGCCAACGUGAACGACCGAGACGGCCUGACGGACAUGACCCUGCUGCAUUACGCGUGCAAGUCUGGGGCUGAAGGAAUUGGGAGCGUCACAAAUGCGACGCGUACUGUCGGAAUGUUGCUCGAUAUGGGAGCCGACGUUUCCCUACGGUGUUGCUGGACGGAUAUGGCUGCCAUACAUUAUGCUGCAUAUUUCGACGUCCCGCCCGUGAUCGAGUUACUCCUCAAGGCUAGCAGAAAAGCAGAUAUUGACAGCCCAUGCCAGUCAUUUGACAAUGGCACUGCCUUACAUAUUGCGGCCACCAAUCUGUGCUUCAGGGCGGCUCAAACACUGGUUGAAUAUGGAGCAAACUUGACUUCCACUGACAACCUUGGAAGGACCCCUAUGGAGUGCAUUGUUGACCCCAGGAGGGGUGAUGUAAUGUCAGAUGCCAGCAGCAUUGUCUCCAGUAUGCAGGAGCUUCUGAAAACUCCCCUCUCCAGCAUCCCGUCGCAAAAUAAUUCGCUGCUGCAGCCCGACUCCUCACCAGCUGCGACAGGGAGGGUCGUGCUACAGUCCUUGGGACUCAAGAUUGGCGAUCAGGUUGCAAUCGGUGGGGCGAAGGUGGGAAUAUUGAGGUACUGUGGGACAAUACAUUUUGCUGCUGGGGUUUGGGCCGGAGUCGAGCUGUACGACCCGCUUGGAAAGAAUGAUGGCUCGCUUGGUGGCAUCUCUUACUUUCACUGCGAUAUGAACCAUGGCAUAUUUGCACCGAUCACAAAAGUUCAGAAGUAUGAUGGCGGACCAUUGAUGGAAUAUGCAAGUUCGCCAAGGAUAUCAUCAGGCACUCGGAAUGUUUCAUUUCCAAAGGUGGACAUAUCUCGCGUUGCGCCGAAAGUGGAAACAGGUCUGUCAAGCCGGCGUCAGAAGCUCUUUGAUCCAAGAAACAGACAGAUUGCGGUGGGGGACUGUGUCAUGAUUGGGCAGCGGAAAGGCAUUGUGAAAUUCGUCGGUGAAACGCAGUUUGCUCCAGGACAGUGGUGUGGGAUUGAGUUGUUCAAGCCGCAGGGCAAGAAUGAUGGCUCGGUAAAUGGUGUGAGUUACUUCACCUGCCCGCCAAACCAUGGUAUCUUUGCACCACCUACCAGGGUCACGUGUGUACCAGCUUCGACUGAGGAAGAUGCAUCAGAUCCGGAUUCACUGGUAGACAUGAGCACUUCAGCGAGUCGAAGCUCAACGGAGGGAGACACAGCAAGUAGCCCUGCUUCACAAAGAUCAUACACGGUGGAUAAGAAAUCUCAUUCGUCCAAAUCACACCAACCGAGGACAAUAUCAACAAAUCUCAAAAAGGGCUGCUGGCUAGCAACAGGAAUGAACGUAUUCGUCCGGAAUGAACUGGGUGUUCUCCGUUACAUGGGCCCGGUGCAUUUUGGUGAGGGAACCUGGCUGGGUGUGGAACUACGAACGGCUCAUGGUCGCAACGACGGAUCGGUUCAGGGGCAUAGGUACUUCGCCUGCAAGCCCAACCACGGGUUGCUUGUCCGACCCAGUAAGGUGACCGUACGUGGUAUUAAUGGUGCUAAGCUCUUUGAGGAGCAGAAAGCGUAGGUUGUCUAGGUUUUCUCUACUUUUCCUGUCCGUGUCAGUUUUGCGGCAUUUGUUCCGCUUUGCGUUUGUCAUAUGCUUCAGUGUCAUGUGCACGAGCAACAUUCCCCCAAAUACUGCGGCGGAAGAUGCAAAAAAUGUUGUAGCUUUCCGUUGCCGCAUAAGCGUGAGCGCUCGACAUCACGCCUUUUCGUGUACUGCUAAUCGUGGGGAAUAUCCUGUGGGGCAGUCACAAGGUAUUGCGUAGCAGACGUUGGAAAAAUAUGCUGACAGUGUCGUCUGCUAAGCGCGCAGAACGUCACUCCCGAUAUUCUGGCACCGCGCACAUGCUCAACUUAACAUGCGACGGAACUGCUGCCCUCGAAGAAUUUUGUUUGCUUUUUCUUCCUCUAGAAUAUUCUGUGGGGAUGUCGCUCGUGUGAAUAGUGCGCGGAGUAUGAAUCGUGGCUUCUUUCCACGUUUGCUUUCAAGUAGAUCGAGUCAUAAAAAUCAAAAGAUUGGGUGAAAACCACCUGAAUUCUCAAGUUAGCAGAUCCCUUACUUUAGUAAACAGUUGCAUGUGCAACCUAUGGUAAAGGCUCUAGAGAGCUAACCGCUUGGCAGGUUUAAAGAGGUUUCAGGAGGUUUUGUCCUGUUGAGUUGCUCUCGCAAUUAUCAAAAAGAAAAGCGCUCAUGAAAAAAUGGCUAGGAAGCAAGCGAGCUGGUGAAGAUGAUGCAUAAUGUAAAAACCCCGAGACUAGGGAACACGAAGGGACAGACACAACACGAAGGCAACACGUGUUGUGUCUGUCCCUUCAUGUUCCCUAGUCUCGGGGGGGUUUUUACAUUAUACAUUAUGCAAGCGCUCAUGCCUUUGUAAGUAUAUUGAUCUGAAAACUUCUGCUGUUAGUUUGUCCCCAUGCUUUGGUGCAAUACCUAUAGAGUGCUAUGAGAUCAUUUGGCAUAUGGAUGUGGUUUGAUUUCAAGUUCAUCUGUCUUUUGCUAUGUAUCUACAGGAGUGGUGAAGCACUCCAAACCAUGUGACUAUACCAAAAAAGUAUUGUGAGCUUUCCUCUUUGGUGGUUCUUCAUCGUUAUUUAUUGUUUUGUUGAUCAUUUUAACAGCGUUUUAAACUUGCCAUGCAGGCAGUGCUGUUACCUUUGUUGUUACGAUUAUUAUUUUUAUUCUUCUUUACAAUCUCAUUGUAAUAUACAACCUACCAAAUGUGUACAUGUUUGUUUGAAGAAAAAAUGUCCCGUUUCGGUAGAGCACAGAUGCACCAACCCAAACUGUUCCUUGUUAUUAACACUUUAGUCAUAGGAAUAUGGCCAGUUUUAACAUUCAGUUACAGCUGUUCUUUGACUGGGUUUUGUAUGACAGCUCAUUUAAAUGUGUAUGUUUUGUUACGGUUUGUGCACUCUUGACAGCUAACUUUCACUUUACAGUACAGUGUCAAUGUGGACUUUGAUGCCACACACAUGUACCUUUAUGUUUUAAGAAUACGUACUUUCCUUUUAUGUUGUAUCUUGUUUUGAUUCACAAACUACAACUGCUACAAGUAGAUUCAUCAACCUUUACUAAGUGUAAAUUGUGUACGCAUGCAUAAUGUAAGUCUAUCUGUUUCUGAUGCUUCCCAGAGAUGUGCAGUUCACAAUUUAUGGCACACGUUUCACAUUCCAAACCAAAGCACAAUAGUACUUGCAUUUAUCAUUACAUUUCUGUAUUUUUUUUAAAGUAGUUAUCGCUCGUUGUCUAGAAUUUAUUGGUGCAUGACUGUGCAGUAUUAGACCUAAAUGGCAAUGCAGAUUAUUUUCCAACGUGAAAAAGGUCUUGGCAUGGCCAACAAACAAAUUAGUAUGUGACACUAAUUUCAUUCCAUUGUUUCAGUCCCAUGCCUUUACUUGAAUGUAACUUGUAUCUCUUGUCCGAUUUACAACAGUACGAUAGUACUUUUUUUUUUUUUUUUUGAGUGAUAAAAAUUAUUCCUUCACUUCACAGUUGAGCACUAAAUCUUGUAUUGCCCUUGUAACAUACAGAAUCAAAACUGGUUGUGGCAGUAAUACAUUUCUUUUUAUUCUGCUCAGGAAGGCUAGGUGGUUGCAGGACAGCUGUGCUGAACACAGUCACGUUGGUUGUGGUCGAUGUGGGUGAUAUUUGCAAUGUAAAUGGCUCCGAUACUCUGAUGACUCGUCAACAGCAGCCUUUCCGAUAUUUGCAGUUUCCUGUUAGCAGAUUAGUAACUUUACCAUGACCACGUUGUUUAGUUUGUUGUACGAACGGUGCAAUAUUUCAGUGCUGCAAAUUACAAGUAUUGUGUCUGCCAGUAUAGUUACAUACUUUCCUAAAUGCAUGUAGCCAUUGCGAGUUGGUACAGUAAGGUACGUCAGAAUAUGUGUAGCAGCAAUCCUGUAUACACGUGCAUUUAUAAGAAUGUUGUUAGGUUAUUGAUGUGCUACGCAAACGUGAAUCCACGCUUCCACAAACAUCUUGUUGGCAUUGUAUGUGAGUUUGUCUGCAAAUCAAACUGAUGAUGGUUGCUACCCUGCUGCUUGACUUGUCACUUAAUAUUUGGUGGUAGGUGGAAACGUUCAGAAGAAACGGGGUAUGUUUGAAGAAAAAGCGUGAAUGGAAGCAAAAUAUAUUAUAUAUACAUUUAGCAUGUACAUAGUACAAAGCUGCAUAUCGCAAUAAUCUGCAAACACAAUAUUGUAUUGGCUGCACAUUAUCUUAUCUGUAACAAUGUGAACCCAAAAUAUGGGAUGAAAUGCAGCCCAUGUUCCGCAAGAAACCAGUACCCCCAGACUGCUGUAGUUUCCACUUCCAAUUCAAGACCGAAAAAUAUGCAGUAAAACCAUUUCAAAGCCA